CCCGGCCGAGCUGCUGCUGUCGGCGUUGGCGGUGCGGAUCGUCCGCCGCCUCUCCGCGCCCGGACCCCCGCCCGGACCCCCCGCCGCCGCCGCCAUGCCCGGCCUCGGGGUCUGCAUCGUCGGCUCGGGGAACUGGGGCUCCGCCAUCUCCAAAAUCGUCGGGCGCAACGUGUGCCAUUCGGGCCGCUUCUCGCCGGCCGUGCGGCUGUGGGUCUUCGAGGAGACGGUGGGAGGCCGCAAGCUGAGCGACAUCAUCAACCAGGACCACGAGAACGUCAAGUACCUGCCGGGCCACAAGCUGCCUCCCAACGUGGUGGCCGUGCCGGACGUGGUGGCCGCCGUGGAGGAGGCCGACGUCCUGGUCUUCGUCCUGCCCCAUCAGUUCAUCGCGCCCACCUGCGCCCAGAUGGUGGGCCACCUCAAACCCGGGGCCUUUGGCAUCUCCCUCAUCAAGGGGGUGGACGAGGGUCCCGGGGGCCUGAAGCUCAUCUCGGACCUGAUCCGCGAGAAGCUGAGCAUCGAGGUGAGCGUGCUCAUGGGCGCCAACAUCGCCAACGAGGUGGCCGAGGAGAAGUUCUGCGAGACGACCAUCGGCUGUAAGAACCCGGAACACGGGCAGAUCUACAAGGAGCUCUUCCAGACCCCCAACUUCCGGGUGACCGUGGUGGAAGACUGUGACACGGUGGAGAUCUGCGGAGCCCUGAAGAACGUCGUGGCGGUGGGCGCCGGCUUCUGCGACGGGCUGGGCUUCGGCGACAACACCAAGGCGGCGGUCAUCCGGCUGGGGCUCAUGGAGAUGGUGGCCUUCGCCAAGCUGUUCUGCCGCGGGCCCGUGGCCGUCGCCACCUUCCUGGAGAGCUGCGGCGUGGCCGACCUCAUCGCCACCUGCUACGGCGGCCGCAACCGCCGCGUGGCCGAGGCCUUCGUGCGCUCCGGCAAGACCAUCGAGGAGCUGGAACGGGAGAUGCUCAACGGUCAGAAGCUGCAGGGCCCCCAGACCGCGGCCGAGGUGUACAAGGUCCUGACCCAGAAGGAGAUGGUGGACAAGUUCCCGCUGUUCGUCACCGUCUACCAGAUCUGCUACGAGGGGAAGUCAGUCCAGCGGUUCAUUGAGUGUCUGCAACAGCACCCCGAGCACGUGUAACCGCCGCCCCCCCCGUCCCAUAAAGGCAGCAGAGGCCCUUUCCGGGCUAAGAGCGAGUCUCAGAGCUGCUUCCCUCCCGCCCCCGGCCCCCGCCCCGACCUCGGCGGAGGACCCCGGUCCCGUCGGGUAGGCCCGGGGCCUCCCCGGCCGCCGUCCUGCCCCCGCCUCCCGUCGGGGGGAUCCGUUCGAGGCCUUCGGCUCGCCGACGGCCCCCGGGCCGGGGGCCGGGGGCCGGGGGCGAGACCCCCCCAGUUAGCCGCCGGCCACGGCCCGAGGUCUCCGCUGUCUUAACGCCCGCCGGGUCCCGACUCCGGGCUGGGCUGCCGCACACGCACAAAUUGGGGAGGGGGAGGGGGGGACGCUGCCUCAGCCAUGGGGCUCUGCUGCCUUUAACCUGGGGGGGGGGGAGGGGACGGACCGGCGACCCCCUCCGCCCCCCACUGACCGUCCGUUCCCGGGGCGGGGUGGAUCUCAACCCCGCCAUCCGGGCCGGCCCCAACCCGAGGCUACCGUCGGAGCCCUGGGUUAUCCGUGGGUUUCAAUCAUCCGCGCCCCGGCCCGCCCUGCGGGGAACGGGGCGGGGGGGCCGGCGACACCCCCGACUCCUCCGGCCGAGGCCGCGGGGUCGGGUGCGGAGGGGUUUGAGGGAGGGGAGGCCUGAGAGUCCCUCUCCCCUCCACCAUCGCUCCCCCGAGUCCCUGAACUCAACUUUCUGUUUUCUAGGCCUCAGAGCCCGUGCCCCGGGGCCCUCUGAUGGCCUUCCGACCGCUGGGGGAGGGAAGGGGGUCCCCCCGGCCCCCCGGCCCCUUCCCCCCGACCCCGAGAACGGGCCUCCCGUCCUGAGACUCCCGAGGGGUCUCCGAGGGGGGCCGGGGACGCGGGGGGCGACCGCUCCGGGCCCGGUUCCGGCAGGCUCCGGGGGCCGUCGGGGCUUCGGUCGCCGCCGUCUGAGCGCGUCCCACCUCCCCGGUGGGCCGCCCGGCCUCCCCCCGAGGCCCGGCGACGACGACGUGGCGGGGGAGAAGAGACGCGCACGCGGCCGAGUCCGUUUUUAUUGAACCGUACGUCACCCUGGGUCCCUCCUGCGGGAAUCUCACGUUAAAAACCAAACGACUUCUUCUGCUCCGGAAAUAAAGCAAAUUAGCCCUUAAAAA